AGAGAUAGCGAUGAGUAACCGAGAAGUGGUCAUUCUGAGUGUGGGGGGUGUGAGGUUUGUAACCCGGGCAUCCACCUUGCGGCGCUUCCCCGAGUCCAGGCUAGCACGGAUGUUGAAUGACGAUGACCAGGAAUUCAAGCUGGUCAACGGAGAGUUUUUUGUGGACAGAGAUGGAACUUUGUUCAGUUACAUCAUGGACUUCUUGAGGACUCUCCAGGUCUCCCUACCUACUGAUUUCUCAGACUAUCAGAGGCUGCGGAGAGAAGCAGAAUUCUAUGGGCUGUACCCUCUGGGCGACCUCCUGAGCCAGGAGCACUUGCUGAAGCCGAGGCUUGAGAUCUUGGAAGUGCGCUUUUCUCUCCAAGAGCUGCAGGCCUUCUUCCGGGUCUUUGGUUCCUGCAGUACCACUGUUGAGGCACUGGCUGAACGGAUUACUGUGUUCACACGGCAGCAGUGUUCACAGAGCUGGAGCAGCCCUUUUCCUUCUCACAAACCACUUGCUCCACUUCCUUUGGAAAGACCAUCUCACCAUGAUGUGGUUUUUCAGUGUGGUACUGACUACUCUGCCGGUGACCAGUUUGUGGCCAGGUAUGUUUCCAUAAAGCCUGAUGAUAGAAAGCUGAUUAAUGGUACUAACGUGCUAGGCCUACUGCUUGACACUUUACUCAAAGAUGGAUUUCGCCUCAUAAGCACCAGGACAGUCUCCCAUGAAGAAAAAGUUGAAUGCUACAGUUUUGAAAGGAUGCAGAGUCCUGCAGGCCUCACCAUUGAGGUGAGACAGACCCGAGGGAGCUCUGGGGCAGCGCAGGCAAAGAGAAGCCAAGUGCAGAAAGCGAAAUAA